AUGGGGGAUGCCAUCACCUACUCCGAAAUGAAUUUCACCAAAAAACACAAUUCAAGAAUCUUAUCAGGUUCUGUGCAGAAGGAAGACGUGGUCACCUAUGCAGCUGUGAAGAACCAGCCAAGAGAAGAAAAGAAGACGACAAAGUCUAACAAGACCCAACAAGUCUCUCCACAGGCAGAUGAUGUCUCACUGUUGUACGCCUUGGUUAAUAAACCCAAGAAAGCAGCAGAGAAGAGCAACAAAAAAGUGGCCAAGACAGAGGAAGUCUCUCCAAAGGAAGAAGAUAAAGGAUUCAUGUACACCGCUAUCAAUAAACUCAACAAGUCAGCUCAGAAGGACAACAAGACCCAGCAAGGCAGAAGACACGCGAUUCUCCUGGUCUGUGCGCUUAUCGUCAUCUGUGUGAGUCUCCUGAUAACCGCCAUCUCUCUGGGUGCCACAUGCGGAAAAGACAAAAAUUCGACCAAUGACCCACAUCAAUCAAAUACUUCACUCGGACGGCCUCCUAGAUGUCCGGAUCUCUGGAUCACCAUCAAUGACACAUGUUAUCUCUUCUCUGAGAUCCAGAAGUCCCGUACAGAAAGUGCUAAAGACUGUGAGGAACGCGGCUCCAGCUUGGCCACUGUGAAGGAGGAAACCAUACGGAGACUGGUGACCAUCACAGGAAAGGAAUUCUGGGUCGGAUUAACCCGAUAUUACAAUCAUGGUGAAACGUGGACAGGAAGAUGGGCAGAUGGCAGCACGGAGACUGUCAGUGAAGGGACUGGAAGCUGUGCCAAGCUCGGAUCACGUCUGAUACUGGAGAGCCAAUAUAAAAAACUGCACUGGAUCUGUGAUAGAAAAGCUGUGUGA